AUGCCUCAUAUCCUCGUUACCGGUGCUUCCGGAUUUCUAGGCGGAGCAGUUCUCACAGCGAUACAAAAAGCACAUCCGGAUUGGACAUUGACGAAUCUGGAUCUAAGACCGCCUCCGGUUUCUCAACCUGGAGUCGCAUAUGUCCAAGCAGAUAUAACACAGCAAUCAGAAGUAGAUCUCGCUAUACGUAAAGCCAAUCCGGAUGCCAUUAUCAAUGUAGCCGGCUGGGUGCCAAACGGCAGUCUACGAUACAGCAAUUCGAAAGCACUGCGAGACAAGGUGUUUGCUAUCAACCAUCAGGGAACCUUGAACGUGUUAUCAGCGGCCCAGAAGACGAAAUGCAAGGCCUUUGUACAAACAUCCAGCUGCACGGUAGUAUCAGACGACCUGGACCGUGAAUACCCAAACAUGACCGAGGACAUACCAAUCGGACAUGCCACUCUAGCCUACGGAGCCAGCAAAGCACCCGCCGAACUAGCCGUCCUAGCCGCCAACACUCCCGCCUUCAAAACCUGUGCGUUACGUCCAGCAACCAUCAUCGGCCCUGGCGACACCUACGGCGUUAUCGCAACAAUACACGCCUGCAUCGCCAAAGGUGAGACACCAUGGAUAAUAGGCACAGGCGACAACAUGUACGAUUUCGCCUACAUAACAAACAUCGCCGACGCCCAUCUCCUCGCUCUCGAUAACCUGCUCUCGACGACCCCAAUCCCUGCAUCAGCAGCAGGAGAAGCAAUAUUCGUGUCAAACCAACAACCGGUCUAUUUCCGCGACUUCAUGUUGGCGAUAUGGAAAGAAUUCGAUCAUGUUCCGCCUUUCCAGCUCGUGGUGCCGACGCCCUUGGCUUGGGUUGCCGGGUUGGCUGCGGAGAUCAAGACGUGGGUUACUGGGGCAAAGGCGAGUACGUUGAGUAGAGGGAGUGUGAGGGAUGCGGUGGGAACGAGAUACGCGAGCAAUGAGAAAGCUAGACGGGUGUUGGGAUAUUAUCCACGAGUUGAUUUUGUGGAUGCGGUGAGGUUGGCUUGUGAUGACUACAAAUGCAUUCUGGCUGAAAGGGAGAAGAUGGUCAAUGACAAUGGCGUCAAAGCUGAUUGA